AUGGAGACCCCUGACGAGAAAACACCGUACUAUGAGCAGAACGGCGCUUCUGGUGCUGAGCCGGUCGAAGUUGGUCGCGUGACUGGAGUCAAGAGACGCUUCCCCCGCUUCAAGUUGGAAGUCGACCAAGAGGAGAGCAGCUUUGCAACUUCCAAGAACGCUUCCAAUGCCGACUUCGAUCCCAUUCCACCAUCAAAGCGAACAUGGAACUGGAUGGCCUAUGUCGCCUACUGGAUGGCAGACGCUUGGGCUGUCUCCAACUGGGAAGUCGCUUCUUCAAUCAUUGCUGUUGGCCUCAGCUGGAGAAUGGCAAUCGGCGCAUGUGUCUUAGGUAACUCUAUUAUGGGUCUCAUUAUCACUAUCAAUGGUAGAAUGGGUGCCACGCUUCACACUCCAUUUCCGGUCCUUGCCCGCAUGCCUUUUGGCUACUACUUCAGCUACUUUGUCGUCCUGUCUCGCUGUGUUCUUGCCAUCGUGUGGCUAGGUGUCCAAACAACGACUGGCGGUCAGUGUGUAACGGUCUUGCUCACUGCCAUUUGGCCUCGUUAUCGAAAUAUCCCCAAUCAUAUUCCUGAAGACCAGGGUAUCACCACGGGAGGAAUGAUUGGCUUUUUCAUUUAUUUCGUGAUCCAGCUGCCAUUUUUGUGCAUCCCGUACACAAAGGUUCAAUACUUCUUUGCUUUCAAGAGUGUCAUUGCACCCAUCAUAUUCUUCGCCAUUUUCGGUGACACCCUGCACAGAGCUGGAGGCACAAUUAGUAACAGUACCGUCAUCUCUCAAGGCACUACAAUUGCAGGGUCCACUCUUGCAUGGGCCUUCUUUGGCAAUUUGAACGGAGUUUUGGGCAACUAUGCGACCCUUGGUCUGAAUAUUGCCGAUUUCUCAAGAUACGCCAACAAACCCAGUGCACAGAAUGUCCAGGCCAUUGUUAUCCCAUUUAUCUUCACUAUUGUUGGGCUGCUUGGCAUCUUCACUGCUGCUGCUUCUCAGACUGCCUAUGGCGAGAUUAUCUGGAACCCUAUCGAGAUCAUCUACCACUGGAUGGACAAUGGAACAUCUGGAGGUCGCGCAGCUGCAGCAUUCGGUGCGAUUGGCCUCAUCAUCGUCACACUUGGUAUCAACAUCUCCGCCAACUCUAUCAGCGCUGCCAACGACCUCAUGGCUUUCUGCCCCAAGUACAUCAACAUCCGCCGUGGUCAGCUUCUUGCAGCCUUCAUAGGCAGUUGGGGGUUUGUCCCGUGGAAAAUUCUCGCGUCUGCCGCGAAGUUCCUGGCUUUCCUCGGUGGUUACACCAUCUUCUUGGGCCCCAUGACCGGGAUUUUGAUGACUGAUUACUUCAUUGUCCGACGUGGCAACGUUUCCGUCCCAGACAUGUACAACUUCCACGGUAUGUACCGAUACUCGCCAAAAUUCGGCACCAAUUGGCGCGCCCUCGCCGCAUUCAUCAUCGGCUGUGUUCCUCCCCUACCUGGCUUCGUCAACAAUAUUGUCGUUGCAGGUCACGGCACUACUAGCGUCUCCAUAGGUGGUCAACAUCUCUAUAGUAUUGGUUAUGUCUACUCGUUUGUCGCUUCCGGUGUCUUUUACUGGGGUUUCAAUCGAUUUUUCCCUCACACAGAGUCUAUCAUGGAUCAUCCCGUGACUGGCGAGGACAUCAUUGCUGCCAACGAUGCUAAGAAUGUCCAACAACGUCGCGCAAGCUGGAGUGAGCGGAGACCAAGCGUAGUCUCCAGAUUCUUCUCGGUUUAG